CUGGGCGGGGCCGGACCCAUGAGGAGUUCUAGAAGAUGUUGGCAGUCGGGGCGUCUCUGCUCUUCUUCACCAUGUGGGUGAGAAGCGCCACCAGCCUCCCCCUCUCCUUCAGAAUAGCUGCCAUUCUGGAUGACCCCAUGGAGUGCAGCCGGGGGGAACGCCUGGCCAUCACUCUGGCCAAAGAGCGCCUCAAUCGAGCCAGCAACCGCUCCACAACCAGCAAGCUGGAGGUGGACAUCUUCGAGCUUCUGAGGGACAGCGAGUACGAGAUGGGAGAGACCAUGUGCCAGAUUCUGUCCAAGGGGGUGGUGGCAGUCCUGGGACCGUCUGCCAGCCCAGCAUCAAACUCCAUCAUCAGCAACAUCUGUGGGGAGAAGGAGGUGCCCUAUGUGAGGGUGGCCCCUGAGGACAUCCUGAAGGUGCAGUUCCCCCGCUUCACCACCCUAAACCUGCGGCCCACCAACACUGACAUCAGCCUGGCCAUUGCUGGCCUGCUCACCUUCUUCAACAGCACCACCGCCUGCCUCAUUUGCGCACAGGCCGACUGCCUGCUAAACCUGGAGAGGCUGCUACGCCAGUUCCUCAUCUCCAAGGAAACGCUAUCGGUGCGCAUGCUGGACGACAGCCAGGACCCCACGCCACUCCUGAAGGAGAUCCGUGACGAUAAAACCGCCACCAUCAUCGUGGACGCCAACGCCACCAUGUCCCACAUUAUCCUGGAGAGGGCAUCAGAGUUGGGGAUGCUCUCUAUUUACUACACCUACAUAUUCACAUCUCUGGAGUUCACCCUGCUACGAUUGGAUGAUGUGGCUGACCAGCAUGUCAACAUUGUUGGCUUUUCAGUCUUCAACCGCACACACCCCUUCUUCCAGGACUUUCUACUCAGUCUCAACCGUUCCUGGCAGGAGAACUGUGACCACGCACCCUUUGCUGGGGCACCGCUCUCCUCCGCAUUGCUGUAUGAUGCGGUCCACACGGUUGUCGCGGCGGUCCAGGAACUGAACCGCAGUCAGAAUGUGGGAGCCACACAGCUCUCCUGCAAGUCCUCGAAGAUCUGGGAGCACGGAACUAGCCUGAUGAAUUACUUGAGAAUGGUAGAAUUGGAAGGUCUAACCGGACACAUUGAAUUCAACAGCAAAGGCCAGCGUUCCAACUACGCCCUGAGGAUCAUGCAGAACACCAGAGAGGGGCUAAGGCAGAUUGGUCAGUGGCAUUCGGAGCUGGGCCUGUUUAUGGAGAAGAAACUGCCCUCUUUAAACAUGACAGACAAACUCUUCAACACCACCCUCAUCAUCACCACCAUCCUGGAGAACCCCUAUGUGAUGCUGCGGCCGAACCACCAGGAGCUGCGGGGGAACGAGCGGUACGAGGGCUUCUGCAUGGACAUGCUGAAGGAGCUGGCCCACAUCCUCAGGUUCCAGUACCAGAUCCGCCUGGUGGCCGACGGGGUGUACGGGGUCUCAGGGGCCAACGGCACCUGGACCGGCAUGGUGGGGGAGCUCAUCGCCAGGAAAGCUGACCUGGCGGUGGCUGGUCUGACCAUCACAGCGGAGAGGGAGAAGGUCAUCGACUUCUCCAAGCCCUUCAUGACCCUGGGCAUCAGCAUCAUGUAUCGAGUACAUCUGGGUCGCAGGCCGGGGUACUUCUCCUUCCUGGACCCGUUCUCCCCGGGCGUGUGGCUAUUCAUGCUCCUGGCAUACCUGGCCGUCAGCUGCAUCCUCUUCCUGGUGGCCAGACUCACCCCCUAUGAGUGGUACAGUCCCCAGCCCUGCCAGCGGGGGCGCUGUAACCUCCUGAUCAACCAGUACUCUCUGGGGAACAGCUUCUGGUUCCCUGUGGGGGGGUUCAUGCAGCAGGGCUCCACCAUCGCCCCCCGAGCCCUGAGCACUCGCUGUGUGAGCGGAGUCUGGUGGGCGUUCACGCUGAUCAUUAUCUCCUCCUACACGGCGAACUUGGCGGCCUUCCUGACGGUGCAGAGGAUGGAGGUGCCCAUCGAGUCUGUGGACGACCUGGCGGACCAAACCGCCAUCGAGUACGGCACCAUGCAUGGAGGGUCCACCAUGACCUUCUUCCAGAAAUCGAGGUACCAGACGUACCAGCGCAUGUGGAACUUCAUGCACUCCAAGCAGCCCAGCGUGUUUGUGAAGAGCACGGAGGAGGGCAUCGCCCGCGUGCUCAACUCCAACUACGCCUACCUGCUGGAGAGCACCAUGAACGAGUACUACCGCCAGCGCAACUGCAACCUCACGCAGAUCAGCGGGCUGCUCGACACCAAGGGCUACGGCAUCGGCAUGCCUGUGGGUUCGAUCUACAGGGACGAGUUUGACCUGGCGAUCCUCAAACUACAGGAGGAGAACAGACUCGAAAUCCUGAAGAGAAAGUGGUGGGACGGGGGCCAGUGUCCUAAAGAGGAGGACCAUCGUGCCAAAGGGUUGGGGAUGGAGAACAUCGGUGGGAUCUUCGUGGUGCUGGUGUGCGGGUUGCUGGUGGCCAUUUUCAUGGCCGUGCUGGAGUUUGUGUGGAUGCUUCGGCAGACGCCAGGAGCCGAGGUGUCGGUGUGUGAGGAGAUGCUUCGGGAGCUGCAGGGCAUCGUGCUGUGUCAGGACAGCCUACAGCUGCGUCGGCGGCGGGGAGCCGGGCUCCUGCGGACACGCUCCCUCCCGCUGGAGGAGCGCAGGGCCCGGGCGGGGGCCGCGGGGGCCGGGGCGGGGCUCAGCAAUGGGAAGCUGUGCGGCGGCCUGGGCCUGGGCCCUCCUCCCGAACCUCUGUCCCACCGCCUGGCGCAGGAGGCCGCCCUGGUCAUGCGCAGCUGCGGCCACGCCCGAAUCUGCCCCGAGUGCCGGCGCUUCCAGGGCCUGCGGGUGCGUCCGGCGGGGGCCACGGCCUCCCCCGCCCACAGCGAGGACAGCGUGGAGUGGGACAAGGCCUCCAACUGCAGCGAACCCGAAUAA